CAUCCAUUCAGCUGUUUACGUUUUACAGUGUAUCAAAAUUGUUUUUACUAAUUUUGGUUUAUCUAUAAUUAAAUAGUAAUAUUAUACUAAAUACUAUCAAAUAAAGAGAAAAGAAAAAGUUCCAAGUGGUGUAUUGGGUUUAGGCUUAUGUUUGUUUAAUGGUGGUUAGGUGAGAAUAAAAUAAACCCAAAUCAUAGCUCUUAAAAUCAUUAAAAGUAAAGUAUAAAAGUGAAAAAUGGAUCGUUUUAGACAAAUGGAAGAUGAAAUGAGCAGAUUUGAAGCUGAAAUAUCUGGGCAAUCUCUUAUGGGUGGAUUUGUUGGACCCGCAUUUAUACCAGGUUUUGGAAACAUUCCACCACCUCCACAACCUCCAUUACUUAUUCCUCAUCAAGUGGGUAAAAAAGUAUUUCCAUCUCAGUCAAUCAUUUCCUCAGCACCUUCAGUUGUUACUGCUAAACCCACUGUUUAUCAAGCUCCCCCUCAAAGAGCAAGGCCACAACCAGCUGCUCCAACUGCUGCACCGACAACAGCUGCAUCCCAGUCAGCCGUAGAUUUCCUUGCAUUGCAAUCUGAAGUGGAGAAAAAAUUAAAGAAACUCAAAAAUGAAAAAAUCAGUGCUGAAAUAGCUAUUUCUCAGGGAAAAGCAAGUAGUGCCUUGCAGUCAUUUGGACCCGAAGAACAUAAAAGAAAAGGAUCAAAGAAUCGAAAAUUAUUAAGAAUUGCUGGUGGACAAACUUGGGAGGACUCAUCUUUAGCAGAUUGGCCUGACGAUGACUUUAGGAUAUUCUGUGGUGAUCUAGGAAAUGAUGUAACUGAUGAAUUACUAACUAGAACCUUUAAUAAGUUUCCCUCCUUUCAAAGGGCGAAAGUAAUAAGGGACAAAAGAACAAAUAAAAGCAAAGGUUAUGGAUUUGUUAGCUUUAAGGAGCCCUCUGACUUUACAAAAGCAAUGAAGGAAAUGAAUGGUCGGUACGUUGGCAGUCGUCCUAUAAAACUAAGGAAAAGUACUUGGAGAAGCAGAUGCAUUGACGUAGUAAAAAAGAAAGAAAAGGAAAAAGCGGCACUUAUUAAUCUCCUGACAUCUGGGGGUGGUAAAUAAAAUUGUAUGUAAUGAAUGUAUGCAGAAUGUAUGUAAUGAUUAAAAAACAAUAAGCAA